UCCGGCAGGCACGGGAAAUCUAGGAGGCGUUGCUUGUUGUCAGCUGUUGCUUGUGCUUUUUAGUGCUCGUUUAGUGUCUAGAAAGGAAUAUACUGUACUCGUUGCACCGGUUCGUCUCCUCUCGUGGUUGAACCAGUUCUCUGGUUGAACCAAGACCUCCUGCAUGAGCCUUUGAAACGUGGCUUGCUGCUUGUGUUUUGUAUCCUUGUCGACCGCGGUACGUUCUGUGAUUUUGGUGUCGCGGUGCAUUCGCGCCCCUGCGAAAGUGGCAGCGAUGCUUGUGACCAGUUCCCAUGGAGCCCAAUGCGCCGGAAAAUUGUGGACAAGUCAAGGACAGCAAGCGAAAGCAGCUGUGGCGGCUUUUUACGCAGGAUGAGCAACCCGCAAAACAAAUCGCUCACAAGCCCCCGAGUCUCUCUGUUUUAUGCGCGGCUGGGCGUUUUUGGAUCCGGCUGUCAGCAACAUUUUAAUAGGACUCUGCAGUUGCCGUGGCAGUAUCCGGCUUCACCGCUGUGCCUUGUUUUUUAAUUUUUGCAUGUUUUGUGCGUUUGAUGACAUGCUUCAAACGACACAUUUUACUUGAUGCGACCCGACUCUUAGCAAACGCUUAAAGCUAAACUAUUCAGAAUAUCGAGAUAAAAUGGAACAAAGUAGCCGAGAACAAUCUGAUGGGCGAUUCCAGUACAUUCUGGGAUGGCUGUCAAUACCUGCGAGGCACAUUUUUGUCCUCUUAGGCUUUUUAGGCCUUGUGAAUGUCUACACUCUGAGGGUGAGCCUUAGCGUGGCCAUUGUGGCGAUGGUGAAGCAUCCUGCCGAUGCAGCGACUCCUACAAAUGGAACAAGCUUCGUCAAUUACACCCAGUGCCAAACAAAGGAUUAUGAUCGCUUAAGCACUUCUGAGGCAUUAGAAGAGCAGCGGUAUGGUCAAGCAGAGCGCUUUGAUUGGGAUGCUCGGGUGCAAGGCCUGGUGCUGGGUUCCUUUUUCUAUGGCUACAUAUUGACAGUGCUGCCGGGAGGUGUGCUGGCAGAGCAGUUCGGGCCAAAGUGGCUCAUCGGCCUCGGCGUCGUGAUCACUAGCCUGCUGUCCAUGGUGCUGCCAGCAGCCGCACAUGCGCACUACAUAAUUGUGGUUGUCAUCCGCGUACUUCAGGGUCUUGCGGAGGGGCUUGUAUUUCCUGCAAUGCACACCAUGAUUUCGUUGUGGACUCCAAUCACAUCUCGGAGCCGUGCUGUCUCAAUCAUCCAAUCUGGCUCCGACGUUGGUGCUGUGGUUGCCAUGAUGGCGUCCGGCGUUUUAGCUGAAUCAACAUUUCUCGGUGGAUGGCCUUCCAUUUUUUAUGUAUUUGGUGUUGCAGGUAUCAUCUGGUUCAUAGCCUGGUGUUUGCUGGCAUUUGACACGCCCAGCCAGCACCCCAGAAUCUCAAACGGAGAAUUGGAGUUCAUUAUUGUGAACCAGGGAAACGAACAGGCACAACUGAAGCGAAAGGUUCCAUGGCUCAAGGUACUGCUGUCCAUCCCUGUCUGGUCUAGUGUUCUCUCUCACUUCGGCUUCAACUGGAUUCACUACAUUUUUCUCUCCGAAAUGCCCACGUACCUGACUUCUGUGCUGCAUUACAGCCUCGGAGCUAAUGGAUUUCUUUCUGCUGUCCCAUACAUCCUUGGUGCCUUCCUGUGCUGCAUUGCUAGCCUGGCGUCCGACCUCAUUAGAAAACGUGGCAGCAUGUCCAUCUCGAACAACAGAAAGCUUUUCAACACCUUAGGUGGGAUGGUUCCCGGCCUCUUUUUGCUGCUGGUGCCCUUGGCUGGCUGCAAUGGUUUUUGGAACAUGGUGCUGCUUGCUGUGGCAGGUGGCUUUCAUGGAAUGGGACACAGCGGUUUUAUGGCUGCUUUUGUUGACCUUGCGCCAGACUUCGCAGGUACCCUUCUGGGAAUAUCCAAUGUCAUCGCCAGCAUUCCAGGAAUCGCCUUACCAGCCAUGCUCGGUGAACUGCUCAAAGAACAGAGUCCCCUUGAGGCGUGGGCUUUGUUUUACUACAUAGGAAGUGCAAUAGGCAUCAUCACAGCCCUGGAGUUUAUCUUGCUUGGUUCAGCGGAACUUCAGAGCUGGGGAGUCGACAACAAGUUCAAGGUUAUUGCCAAAUACGGCACUUCUCAAGGUUGCCAGCUUGGAGCUGAACAGAUAGAAGAUGCUAACCACUUGCCUCCUGCAAGCUAGUGCUUGUAGCUGUUUUCACCGCAGGAGGUGCUUUUUUUUUAAACACUUGUUAUUGUGUUAUGUAUGUGUGUACCACAUCUACCAUUAAUUUGGGAAGCACGCCAGUAAUGGUCAUACAAUAGGAUGGCAAUGCAGUCACCUGACAUUUGAACCACUGUUUUUCAUGUUAGACUUGAAUUAUGUGUUCUAAAGUGCCCAGUAGAUGAAAUGUGGUAGCGCGAACACAUGGCCUUUGGUUCAUUCAGAAGCUGAUGUCAAUUUAAUAAGCUGCUAAACAUUUUGACUACAAUGAUGUGAAUAUUUUGCAUGCCCUAACCCUGUGUAAUCGCAUCCACUACAUCUCAACAUCAAAGAUAGUGUGAUGUAAUGAAUUAUUGAACUGAAUUCAAGUUAAAAGAUGCAUGGAGCUUGAUAUACAUGAAUACCGGUGCCGCAAUGUAUGUAACCACCUGUGGAUAAACGAGCGACUUGAGUGGGUUUAAUGCCGUCACCUUGUUGCUCUGUUGUGGUUGAUCGGCUGACAGUUAUCGAAGAUCAUUUUUAUCUAAAAGUUGUUUGCCUGUUAGCGUGUUUUAGCUGACAGCUAGAAUUUUUUGUAUGGUGACUCAUCACGACCACUGUUUGAGCUUAAUUACUUGCACUACAUAUAUUUGCAUAUUUGCAGCUAUUGUGCAGCUUUUUAAAAUUUAUUUUUACGGCACAAACUGUGAUAUGCUUGCAGGCCAACGGGAACAAAAGGCAUUAUAAUGUAGCUGUACCUUUAUCAAGUCUCCUCUUCCAUACUGGGCUGACAGCAUGGAAGGGGAGACUUGAUGGAAUAGCAUUUGUAAUAGCAUUUAUAGGAAUAGCUUUUGUAAUCACAUCAAUUUGCUUUAUGAUGCAUCGCAUUUCUUUACCGCUGUGUGGCCGUCAUUCUGCGUGACAGAUAUUGAGGUCUCCCCAUGCGUGCUGAGCUUUCUGCUAGCAGCAGUUCUUGUUUCCUAAAUUAUAACUGUGGAGCUUAGGAGAGCAUUAGCUUGAUGAAAGUUGAGUAAGAGAGUCACCUUCGCACUGCAGUGGAAAGUGGCCUUUAAUUGAAAUGUGCCAUAUGGAGCCCCCUUCUGCUCCAAAUAUCGAGAUGAUCUCACCCUUAUUUCACCUUCUCUUUUUUAUUUUCAAGCUUUUCGUUCGUGGUGAGGUGAGCGAAACAUUUCCAUAGCUCCCAUUCCGUGAUGCUUUUUAAAAAUGAUGCCACGCUGUGAUGCUAAUGAUGAUGAUAAAAAAUAUAAAUAUGAAAAAGAAGAAGUAAGAAACUGCGAGCUAUUUGAUCUCGCUACAGUAUUCUUGAUGUUGCUACAUCUUUUUCUUCACUGCUGUGUCAUAGACUGUGAAUAAUGUACAGUUUGCAUAUUGUCUUUCUUCAUAUAUUCAUGAACCUGCUGUGCUUCUUCCAGCCUGGUGAUGUGUUUGUUUUGUUUGUGUUUAACAUGAGCUCGAAGCCACUUCAGAAGCAUGUGCGAGGAGUUGAAUCUUACUUUGUAAGAAUAGUAUUUUUUCUUGUAUUGUAUAAUGUGCUUGUUUGGUCACUCCAAGUUCCACUGGUAGAGAAGUGAUACUUAAUAUAACUGGUGCCUUUCCCUUCUUAUGACUGAAAUUUGUGCAGCCUAAAUAGAAUGAGUAGAGACAAGGUUACUUAAACAAGCAAACGAACAAACAAAACAUGUGCAAUAGUUUGUUGUUUGCUUCCAUGAUUCUUUAUAAGUAAUUAAAAUUGAAAAAUGAAGCUCUGCAUGGAAUUUAGUGCAAGUCUUGUAUGAUGGUUGAAAAGAAUUUAGAUCAUGAAAACAAUUUAAGUAAUGAAAUUCUACGCAAACUACACUAUGACCCGUUGUUAAAUAACUGUACUGCUGUGUUGUUUACGAGCUCAAUUUCUAAUUCACCCUACAUAAUCUACACUACAUAUUUAUAUGCAGUUGUUGAUAAUGGUAGCACUGCCACAGCCAACAUUAAACCUGUUGUAAGUCAUAUUUAUACAAAUAUUCAGUUAAGUUUUUACCUCAAAGCAACAUAUUUGUUGCGUGUACAUGCAGAUGUAUUAUUUUUUAAAAUGUAUGAUAAAUUGAAGUGUCAAAUGAAAGUUUGAGAGCCAGAUGUUGAAUUGUAACACAUUUUAAUAAUGCCCACUUUUAUUUGGCAGCUGUUAUACUGUGUGGUAUUGAAAUGAGGCGGCUAUAUAACUUUUUUACAUAAUUGCUGAUACUUAUUGCAAUAAAGUUUUGAAGAGUUGUUAA